GGACGCUAAGAAAUAUAUAUUUCACGUAUCACUUUAGAAAAAAAACACACUUUUAAGAUCAAAUUUGACAAGCGGAGGUCAUGCCUGUUUUAAGCUUGCCACGCAUGAGAUGCGACACAUUUUUUAAAAUUAACUUCUAGCUACCAUAACGGGAAUAAUUUUUAACUUUUGAACUAAUUGAUUAGAAAAUUCAACCUCCUCUCGGGACUUUAAACUACUACAUCGAAAUUUAUACAACGUUAGCCUAAUUGGAAUUUUUUUGUAAAUUUAUCUCUUUUACUGCUCAAGUAAGUCGAUAUUACAAAUUGUUUAAGACGUUUAAUUGACAGUGAAUUUCCAUUUCCUACUUCGAAACUGGCAAAAAAGCAUCUGAUUUAUAUUUAGUUAAAAGCCACAUUCCCGAGCUGUAAAUGUUUAUCGAAGCAUUUACAACAUUCUUCUCCAAAGCGUAUAAAAACAACGCAAUUACACCAGUAAAAAUUACGCCGCCUCCGAAAACUCGCUUUUCAUCAAAAUUUUUAAAAAGAAAUUUGCGCUUCUCAGAAAAUACCAGUUUUGUGCAUUAUUUCUAGCAACUAUUUCAACCAAAGGAAAUUGUCAUUAUUCGAUUUAAAAAAUCAAAUCAUCCCAAAGUUGUGCUACAUCAUUAAUGAUAACACCUUUUUACCUACAGAAAAUCCUAUUUUGGAAGAGAAUCUUCAAAUUGUAUUUCUUAGAACGUUCUCAUUCCCGCGAGAGAAACCCCUGCUGAUUUCAUUUACCCAGACAUCGACGCGAGGUCAGGCCGACUGAAAAUGGCGGAAGUGGCGAGAGAUGAGAGCAACCGACAGUACACUAGCAACGAGGAUGACGUCAUCACAGAAGGGGAUCAUGUUGACCAAUCAGAUGACAGCGAUGAUGACCACGAGGAUAACGAGAGUGUCACUUUCGAAGACACAGAGUACAAUCACGAAAUGAUGACUCCAGGAUACAUAUGCAAAGACUACUUUCUCAGUUUCAGUGUCCGACAAGAAGUCGUGAAGGCAAUUCGCGAUUACGACAUCCAUGACAACGAAGUAUUCCUGGCGGGAUAUCCUAGGUCGGGAAUUACUUGGACGCAGCGAAUCAUAGGCGCAAUGCGAGAUGGUCCCGAUGUCGUGAAUUCACCCGACUAUGAUUUAACUCAACAUUUCCCCUUCAUCGAGUAUUACGACAUUUUCAACGUGCCCUUGUACGACGGGUUCGAGCUCUUCACUAAAAUGAAAGCACCAAGAGUGGUGAAGACGCAUCUUCCCUGUGAACUAAUUCCACGAGCUUUUGAAAACACAGGCAAAGUUGUGGUUGUUCUAAGAAACCCAAAAGAUAUGAUAGUCAGUUAUUACAAUCUAUUUAAGAACUUGACUAUGAUAGACUACAUUGCGACGUUCGAGGAGUUUUUUGAGAUUUUCCAGAACUCUCAUUUGCCCUACGGUAGCUGGUUCAAAUGGGUCUAUUCAUACUGGCAAGCAAAGCAGGAUAAAACCAUCAAAAACGUCCACUUUUUAGUGUAUGAACAACUUUUUAUCAACACUCGUCAAGAAGUUCAAAAACUUGCUGACUAUCUCGGAUAUGAUUUGAGUGACGAAAAACGCAUGCAGAAGGUUUUAGAAGCAAUCUGUUUCGGAAGCAUGCAGAACACAGUGUCAUUUCCAGGGGCUAAAAACUUCAUCAGAAGGGGAGGAGUGGGCGGAUGGAAAAACGUACUAAGUGAUGAAAUUAGUGCGUGGAUUGACAAUAAAAUCCGAACAGACCUGUACGAGAAAGGAUUUCCAAUUGAAUUUACAUUCGAGUUACCCUAAUUUACUAUUUAUCCUCGACUGACAAAUUGUUUGCGCAAUGAAAUUAUGCCUGAUAAUUAUUUUAAUUCGACCCAAGUUUUUACA